AUGACUCUGCAGUUUGCCAGUGUGUUUGUUCAGCUGCCUGCUCGCAGCUGUACAGCUUCUGACACUGUGAGUGUGAACUCCAACACGGAGAGAGCGAUGCAGGUGUCAAAAAGCCCCAAGCAGCACUUACCAUCAGGGCCACAAGCCUUGAUCAAGUGGGCAGAGGAGCACGGUUACAGUCCAGUCACGUCUUACACCAGCACUCCGGUCGCCAAUAGCUUCAACAUCCGGCUCAGAGAGCCAGAUGUAGUGGAUCCUCUGGAGGGUAUGUUUCCCCCGGAGUUCUCCAUUUUGCGGGACUCCAGACCUCAUCCAGGGGCGGAACCAGGAGCGGGCACUGCUUCACGACGCACAGGCCUCCCCUUCCUCCUCCCGCCGCCUGCUUCUGAAGGCCUGCCCUUCCUGCAGCUGCCCCGGCCCUCCACUGACGAACGGCCCUGGGAGAAUGAGGAGCCCGAGGACUUUGGCCUCAGUGUGAAGUGUGAGGACACGAGGAUGGUGGUCAGUGUGGACAAAGGGAGACUGCUUGCGAAUGGAUUUAUUCAUGCAAACCUCACGCUCCAAGACCCAGAAUGCAAAGCAACAGUCAACGCCACCCACUACACACUGGAAACUACUCUGACUGGCUGUCGGACCACUGUAUAUCCCAUGCAGGGAGGCCCAAUGGCCCUUUACAUCAACUCUGUUCUGAUCCAUCAUGCUGAGACGAAGGAUGGGAGUGGUGGCCCUCUGGAUUAUGUGGAUCCGGAAUCUGGAGACAUUCAGUUCCCCAGGGAUCCAGUGGAGAGGACAUUUACUGAGCCCACAGAGCACCAGUCUGUCAUCGAGUUCAAUUGCGCAUACAAAAAGAACCAGGAAACCACAGAAACCCUUCCCAAGUUUGUACCGGGACCAUCCAGGCCGCAAGUCAACAACAUGACGUUUAGUAUGGAGUUGUACAACACACUCCCGUCCAACAUCCCCUCACGUCAGAACUUUUACACCGUCUCACACAACCAGCAAGUCUUUGUGGAGGUCACAUCAGCCACUUCUGAUCCUGAUCUGGGGUUCACCAUCAUCUCCUGCUUUAUUUCUUCUACCUCCAAGCCCAGCGUGGCCUCAGAUUAUAGUCUGAUCGAGACGGUGUGCUCCACAGAUGAUUCCGUCACCAUCUACCAGCCGACGGAUUUCCCCGACCCUCACACAGAAAAGAAAAGCUUCAGCUUCACCUUCAACUCAAAGCUGAACAUGUCGCUGCUUUUCCUGCACUGUGAGAUGACGCUGUGCUCCAAGGCCUCUCACAGCAACCAGAGACUGCCGCCGUGUUUACAACCCAGAGAGACGUGUGAUUCCCUGAGUGGGGAAAACAUCCUCCUGAUGAUGAUGAACAGCAGGACAUGCACCAAGGCGCUGGUCGUGGUUGACAACAACAACGGUCCAACAGAACUAACAGUUACCCCCACAGACACUGUGCCCCAAACACCACAGGCUCCUCCAGACUCACUGUACGCGCUGGGCACUCCAACAGUGGUGGGAAUCGCUUUCGCUGCCUUUGUCAUCGGCGCUCUGUUGACCGGAGCCCUAUGGUUUAUCUACUCUCACACAGGUGAGAAAGGUGGUAAACAGCAGGUCCAGAAGUCUCAACCUGUCUCUGAGAACAGCAGCGCGGCUCACAGUAUUGGCAGCACGCAAAGCACACCGUGUUCCAGCAGCAGCACAGCGUAACCCAGGACACGCCGCCGCACUGGGAGGGCCUGGUGGUUCACACGGACCGUUUGCUCAUUUCCUUCCAUGACAGGGUUUAUUUUGGGGACAAAAUAAAUAUAUAUAUAUAUAUAUAUAUAUAUAUAAAUGUAUUAUAAAAAGAAGAAAAACUCAUAACAAUAGCCAUAGUUUUUGUGUGAGCAGGUGCUAUUAGUGUCCUGAGACUCGGCAGCCUCACGUCAUAUUUCAUAUCUAGUAGAAAAUGAUCAAAUGUGAGUUAAAACCAGGCAUUUCGUUCUAAUCCAAUGCUGUGUUUUUCUGACCACGUCGUAAACUGUAGCUCUUACCUCACAUGGUUUCAUUGAGGCUGUGCGUUAGCGAGCCGAUCCUGGGUCUUACGCUAAAGCGAACAAACAAGUGACGUAGCAGACACCAGGACUUGCUUUCUACAUCCUCACCUGGACUGGUGCCCUCCAGUCGCCCAUCCGUGAAAUAAUGCCGACUGACACAAAAUCACACAAAUUCCUGGAGUUUAAAUAUUUGAACUCGAGUGAAAACCUUGCAAGACAAAUGUCAUUUCUCUGCAGGAUUUUCAUCACCGGAUUUCUCCGAUUUGUGUCACCCUGUGCAACUAAAGCAUGAUUUACAUCCACUUUUCUCUUUGCAUAAACUUUGUAUAUAUGCAUAUAUAUAUACAUAUGUAUAUAUAUAUAUAUGUAUAUGUAAUCUCUUUGUUGCACUCUAACGACACAUGUUAUGACAAAAUGAGCAAAGCAACCACUAUUUAGCAUGGGGAUGAGCGUGCAGUAUGAAAAGAUGCCACAUUGUGUCGGUGUUUGAAUGUAUACAGAAGAGUAAAUGCCACAAAAAUGUGAAAGAAAAAUGUGAAAGUGAUGUCACAUUUCAUAGUAACACAUAUACACCAGGGCUUUCUGCUCAUGUCACUAAAUGAGUUUAUCGGUGUUACACAACUCCACAGGGGCAUUGUGGGUUCCCUUUUAUGACAUGCUUUUCAAUGAAUGGAGAAGUUUGGGAAAUUAGAAUAUGAUUUUUUUAUUUUUAAUCCGAGAUCGUUACCUCUCUCACAUCUGUGUGUUAAGUACGGCGCGCAAUAUUAGCAUUAGCAUUAACAGAAGGAAACCUUGUCUACAAGUGUUCAUCUUAAAUAUGAAAUGAGUUAACGUGAAUGCAUUAAUUCAUAGUGACAUCAUAGAACACGCUCAUAUGUCACUGACAGCAGCUUUAAUAAGAAAUGAAGGUGAUUAUAAAUGCAUUUUAGUUUCCUCACGCAGUUUUUUUAGUGAGGAACAUUCAUUUGCAUGUGUUAUUUCCUGUGUUUAAUUUCCACAUGAGCAGAGAAGUAAAAAAACAAUAGUUUGGUGAUUUUUCUUUUCAUGUUUUAAAAAAACCCCCACUGAGGCUAAUGGACACCAGUCUCUGCGCCGCACUUGACACAGAUGUGAGAGUGGUUUUGAUCUGGAAAAGCAAAUAAUAUACCACAAGUGUUCUGUUUGAGAUGUGUACAUAGUAUCUGUGUAAAUACUGUAAAUAAUCUCUUUGUGUCAUGAAACAGAACCAGGGCAAACAUUAGGGUUUUGUGCGUUUGGACUGGAUCGUGUGAAGUCCAAGUUUUUCACCGUGUUUCAAAAUACACGCUUAAAAAACAUGGUGAGGUCAUUUUAGAGAACACAUUUUAAAUCAUGGUUCUUGCUUUUUUCCCCCCGUUCCUCUUGUCUGUCCCUUUACAGCUGGGCUGCCACUAAAUGCUAUUUUUUGUUAGCGUUAGCGUUUUGUCAUGUUGAUCAUUUAACAGUUCAUUGUAUAAGCUGAACUCAUUGUCCUUAUGCUAUAUAACUGAGAUGAUCCACUGAGUAUUCAGCUAACUGUAGUCUUCUCAGACAGAGCAGUGUUUGUUGUUUGUAGCUGCGUUUGCGUGUGAAUCUUAGCACCGACAGCGUUGAAUAAGCUUCAGCUGAAACAUGUUCAGAUGUUCCUGCGCGACUUCCCCACCAUCUCUGAUCAGCAUGAAUGGUCUCGCUGAAGUGCCUUCCUCUCAUGACCUGUGUGUGUGUGUGUGUGUGUGUGUGUGAGAGAUUUAACAAGAAAAAGUGAAUGUAUGUUUGUGAUCUAAAAGCUUCAUAUGUAAACAUGUACAAAGCUUUCUACAGAGGGAACAGAGUAUAUAUAUAUAUAUGUAUAUACAUAUAUAUACUAUAUACUAUAUAUGUGUGUGUAUAAAAUUAUAUUUUGAAAUAUAUAUACCUAGAGAAUUUUAUUGUCACUUAAAUGUGUGUGUGUCAGUACUGUGAAUUGUGGAUGUGCUCAUAGUGAUGAGUUAUUCUUAGAUUAUUCAUAAAGGCUUAGUGGCAUAUAUAAUAUAUAAUGGCACUUUUAUAAGUAAUCCAAUACGUUUUUGUUAUACUGGCUAAUAAAUGUCAAAAUUUAAAAAUGAAAACUUAAUCAAAAUCUACCAUGGAGACUUUUAUGUCAUAAAAAUAUGCUUAUUUCUUCUUCUGUAUGUUAAAUUUGCAAUAACGCCUCGUACAUGAAGUGUUUUAUAUAAAACGUGGUUUUACUCACAUGUUUUCACAUUAAGUAAAUGAAUACAUUUGUUUGUAUUAGCCAUUAAAUAUAUAUUACAUUUACAACUUACAAGUGUUAAUAAUGUAGGUUAAUCCAACCCUUUUCUUUUUUACAGUGUUAAAUAUCACAUUUCUAUCUUUUACCUGCAGCAAUGAAAUGUUUUCUUUUUUUCUUUUUUUUUAACAAAUCCCCAGAUUCCCAAACCAUAAUAAUGCCAUCAUUCAAAUUGCAAUAAUAAAACAACACAAAUGAUAUCAGUGCUUAAAUCAGAACCAAAUGUGAAAUCAUAAAGAGGAUGAAGCAAUGAAAGUGUUCAGACGGACUGGGGGAAAAUCCAACAUUCUCUAAUUUUGUUUCUGGCAAGGCGGCUGUUUUUAACAAACACUUGAGAAAUCAUUUUUAUUAACAUUUAUUAAAACCACUUGGAUUUUUUGAGCAACAUUAGAGCUUGUUUGUUUUAUCGGGCCGUCAGCCAGAAGUGGACUUGGUUGUAGAGUAAACACAUACUCAGCAGUGAUGAGGCAGCGUUAUUGGGAAUAACAAAGCUCUUCAUAACAAAAUACAUACUCAUAUUUUUUUUCAAAUGAGCCCCUGCUUUCACGCCGGGCCUCCACUUAUCUUCUGGAUAUCAUUUUUAGAUGAUAUAUAUAUAUAUACAUAUACAUAUAUAUAUAUUAUUAUUAUCUCGUAGCUGCGAGUAAAAGAUAUGAAGCGAUGAUGAUGCUGUGUCACCAUACAAUGCUUUUUAUCAGAGCACACAUCCAUCCAACUGGUCAAUGAUUGUAUUUUUUUAUUUUUUUUUUAACCAUGUGACUACCUCAUGUUUUUCUAUGAAUGUGUAAUUUGUGUGUUUGUACAUGUGUGUAACUGUUUUCAGUGCCGUUGUGUGAACUUUAAAGAGAUAGAUUGGUUUUUCUUUGUGAGUGAAUGUGUUACGUACAACAGACUGAGAUGGGAAAUUGGAACUGGAUUUUAUGUGUUGUGUUGUGUUCACCUUUCAUGAACUACAAAAACAAAGAUAUAAUAAAAAAAAGUAACAUUUUAUAUUAUAGUACAGUAAAAUAAUGGUAAUAUAAUCUCUUUUUCUAUAGUAAUCACAAAGUGACACCCUGAUAAUACAGUUUUGGAAAGUGUAUGGGACAUAAAGGAGGAUGGAUUUUAACUUUAUAAUGUGAUCAUUACAAAUUUUGAUUUGAAAACAUUUUUAAUUCGAUUUAAGAAUUUAAGAGUUACACAAUUAUUUUUUAUCACCAAGCUAUUACUGUAAUAUUAUCUCUAUAACUCUAUUAAAUUGUUAUUCCAAAGCUGGACAUUGCUUUAGAAAAGAUAAAACUGUAAUGUUAAGUUUUACCUGAAAUCAUUUUACAAGUUAAUUAAUUUAGUAGGUGUUUGUGCACCAAUGUGAAUCACUUAAUCUUCCUGUAUCCAAAAAAUGUGUUAGGUACGGUAAAUAUUGUGAUAUUGCCAGAAAAAGGCUGUCUGAGAGCUUAGUAAAUAUUCAAAAUAUAGCGUCUAGUUUGUUUUCUAGGCCAAAACAUCUUAUCUCCACUGUCGUGCUGUACGUACACAACACACUUCUACACCACCACUGAAGAAAAAACCCAGAACUUUCCCUUUAAAGAUUCUUAGGUCUCGAUGUUCUGUGAUUUGAGUCCACAUUUAGUUUCUCUCUCUCUCUCUCUGAGCAAUAACAUGGAAGCGAUCCAUGAAAUGUGUAAAACUUUGAUUUUUUUUUUUAUACCCUGUAAAUAUGCAUGAUAUUUCUAUACCCAACUAUGUCAAAUAAAUGUCCAUACCUUUCCUCGA